AUGAAGCUGCUCAUGAAAUUUGUCCUCCUGGCGCUGGGCGUUUGCGUCCUAGCCAGCGACCCAGAUCGUCCCGUCUGCAUUGUGGGAGCUGGCCCUGCGGGACUCAGUGCGGCCGCAGAAUUGGAGCUCAACGGGUACCGCACGGUGACCUUUGAGAAACAGAGUGCGGUGGGAGGGAAGUGUCAAGCCAUUUAUGAGAAUUCCACUUUCAGUCCUCUUGGAGCCCUGAUCUUCACGCCCCCAACAUACCGGGAAUCAAUUAAGCUGCUGCUAAAGACUGGAGUGAAUUCUGUUCCCUUCGUCUCCGGCGAAAAGUGGCAGUACAAUGCCUCCAGCGGGUCAAUUUGGGCCAAGCCCCCUCUUCCCCCAAAGGCGAUGCAACUCUUCAUGCAAGAGGUGCGGAGAUACAUAGACUGGUGGAACGAGAACUUUGUCCUCUACAACAUCGCCCCGGGUUAUCGACACGGCAUUCCCCCCGAGCUGACCGUUCCAGCGGCUGAGUGGCUGGCGCGUAAUGGAUACCAAACCCUGCAGGCGGCGUUUGUGCAGUCGAUGGUCGCAUACGGCUAUGGGGACUAUCGUCAAGUGCCAAUUGUGUACAUGCUGCAAUACCUGACCCCGUCGGUGCUGAUGACGCUCCUCAAAGUCCAACAAGGCAGCAUGAUCGAGAUUGCAGACUUCCACCUGGCGCUGCAAAUCUUCGCCGACAGAUCUAUCACCGGAGAAAUCCAUCUAGACACGACCAUCUCGCACAUCGAUCGCACCGGCGAGUCACCCAUAAUCACAUACCACACCUCCAGCGACAGCACGCCCAAGACCCAGCCCUGCGCAGCACUGAUACUCGCCUUUCCGCCAACGCUGUCCUCGCUCCAAAACGCAGGCCUCGACCUAUCCGACGAGGAACGUGAAGUCUUCACACCAGUGGGCACCCACAGCUUCUAUUCCGGCGCCGUGCGUCUCUCCACGCCCCACACCAUGACCUUCGGCGCGGCAAGCGCCCACCCGGGCCUUCCCCCCGACGCAACCGGCGACCCCGUCGUGUUCACAAAGCUGCACAGCGAUCUUGACAUCGCCAUUACGUCGUCGUGGGGCCCGUACCGCGGGAGCUUGACGCGGGAUCAAGCUUACGCGCGACUGAAGAGCACCCUGUCGGCGUUCAACAAGGACCCGAGGGAUGCGGGUGUGUCUGCUGGGACGGUGAGUGAUGAGGACGUGCUGGCGUUCCAGGAGAACGAGUAUUUUCCGCAUUAUGACACCCAACAGCUGCGGGAGGGAUACUAUGAGCUUUUUGAGGGGCUGCAGGGACAGAGAGGGACGUAUUAUGCGAGUGGGUUUAAUAUGUUCGAGUUGGUGGAGUAUGCGUUGAGGGCGGGGCAGGAUGUAGCGAGGAGGUUUUUCUAG